ACCUCGCGCCUCUAUCACUUUGAGGAGGUAAAGUAGUGAGACUGUGUGUGACUGACUGACUGGCUGACUAACGGUGUGAGAAAUGAAUGGCUACGGAUCGCCCUACCUGUACAUGGGGGGCCCAGUGACCCAGGCCCGAGCGCCGCUCCAGAGGACCCCCAAGUGCGCACGGUGCCGGAACCACGGCGUCCUGUCCUGGCUGAAGGGCCACAAGCGAUACUGCCGCUUCAAGGACUGCACCUGCGAGAAAUGCAUCCUGAUCAUCGAGAGGCAGCGGGUCAUGGCGGCGCAGGUGGCGCUCCGCAGACAGCAGGCCAACGAGAGUCUGGAGAGCCUCAUCCCGGAGUCUCUGAGAGCUCUGCCCGGCAUCACGGUGCCUGGACCCGGCGAGGGGAACCAGGGCCUGCCGCCCCGUUCUGGAGGAAUGGACCUCCUAUGGACUUCGAAACAGACUGCCAACAUGCAGGGGUCUUGA